GGCCCAGAUCCAUGUGCUCACAAAAGAAAAAGCCCACCUCGACCCAAAGUCAGCGACUCACCGUUCUCUCGCUCGCCGUCUUCCUCUUCCCCGGCCGCCGCUCCCGACUCCCGUGGCAACUUGCAAGAGGGUUCAACUGCGCGUCUGCGCCUGCAGUCAGAAAGAUCAGAUCCAGCCGCGUCCAUCAGAUCGGGGCUUGGAACCGGCUAUCCGAUCGGCUGGGGUGCCGGACUGAGCCGCGGAUGAACUGGUAGGGGCGUGCACGUCGACGCCGUCCACGCCGUCCACGCGCCAAGCUCCGGCCAGCUGCUUCUCGCCGCCUGAAGACAUUGAACUUUCAUAAUGCUUCCAGUCAGCAGCAUUUCUGCGCAGAAGACAUACUAUGAAGUUCUUUCAGUGAAUGAAGGUGCAACGUAUGAUGAAAUCCGUGCAGGAUACAGGUUUGCCAUCCUAAAUGUGCAUCCUGACAAGUCUCAAGCAAACCCUGAUUCCCUUGUGCCUUCCGGCAAGCAAGGAGAGUUCUUGAGUGCGCAGAAAGCAUGGGAGGUCCUACGUGAUCCAAAUUCCAGAGCUGUGUAUGACAAGCAGCUGCAAACAUCUAGGCAGAACCUGGAGAAUGUUGCCUAUGAAAUUGGAGUGGAGGAAAUGACAACUGAAAGCACUGACAAUUUGACAGAGCUUGUCUAUCCAUGCAGGUGCGGGGAUUAUUUCUCAAUCUCGUCAUGUGAUCUUGGUGAAAUGGGCAUUGUGAUCGGCGAGGAUGGGAAAAUAGACUUCCAAUCACUCGAUUGCACAUCGGCUUCUGUUGUUCUUGAAUGUGCCUCUUGUUCGCUAAAAACACGAUUGGUUAUAAAUAAAUCUUCUUGAUAUUGCCUCCAAUAUGUCCUUAGUCUGGAAUAGAUUUGAUUGUGUUGGCCUCUUGCCUGCUGCUUAAACAUGUUUCAAAUUUAUCAGAAAUUUGUACCAUCCUAAA